AUGCUAGUCAGGGCGGGAGAGCACCACCUGUGGCAGCAGCAGCAGCAGCAGCAGCAGCAGCAGCAGCAGCAGCAGCAGCAGCAGCAGCAGCAGCAGCAGCAGCAGCAGCAGCAGCAGCAGCAGCAGCAGCAGCAGCAGCAGCAGCAUUAA